AUGUGGAAAACAAGUUUGGCGAUUCUAGUAGCUUUGUUGGUAGCGCCACGGCAAGUCAAAGCCGAAUGCAAUGUCUGCAACACAAACAAUGGCGUCGCUUGCACCACGAACACCACGUUUCAGUUAUGUUUUAACGGUGUACCACAGGGAACGACGUGGUCUUGUCCCAACGAGGGUGAGGUGUGCACCUCUCUAGGCUCAAUUUGUGCAGAUGCCGAAAGCAAUUCUCUGAUUCAGGCUGCUUGCGGCAAUACCGAACAAUGCGGAAAUUGUGAAGCUGUCAACGAUGGCGCCUACUCUUGCACCAGUCACACCACAUUCACCAUGUGCUCAGCAGGCGAAGCAACAACUGUACAAGGCACCUGCCCCAGCGGUCAAGUUUGUCUCACAUCCAGAGCCAAUGAGGGUGUUAGUCCGUGCGUCAAUCAGUGUUUGCAGGACAUAGACGACAUGUGUGACUUGAGCUCGGAUUCCACAACGACAACGAGCUCUGAAACAGUGACGCCGUCGUCAACUGCCAGCACUGAUUCCACAACGACAACGAGCUCUGUUACAGAGACGUCGUCGUCAACGGCCAGCACUGCGACGUCUUCCACCGUCGAGAAUACAGAGUGCGCGAGCAAGAGCUUGGUAGGGCGCUAUCCUUAUCCAAAUGACACAGUGUGUACUAGUUACAUUUACUGCUACUACAGUGCCGCAGCGGGAAGUUUACUCGGUCAAGCAAUGACUUGUCCCACUGGCAAAUACUUCAACUCGGCUAUAAGAAACUGUCAAGCUGCAAAGCCUACUGACUGUGUUUAAAUUUAAGAGCCUUCGGAUGGCGAAUUAAUUUUUAGUGGAAAAGUGUG